GCCGCUGGGCUGCGGGCCCUGGGGGACGCUGCCCCCGCCUUGGCUGCCUCCGCUGAUUUAUGAUACCCAUGGCUGCUUGGAUUUAUUUCUGCAGCCCGUUUGUUUCCUGGGGGUGGAUUUGUUCCAGUCUACGCAGUUGUACCGUAUCCCAGAGGGUCCCGAACAGUUCCCCGCUGUGCUCCAAGCAGAGCUUCCGAAACUUCACGUCCCCUCACCCAGCCUGGCAGCGACCCCCGAGAGUUGCUUAUGGGGGAAGGAGCCGCCCAUCCAGUUGCAGCACCAACCUUCCAGAUGUGCCUCCAGGUUGUGCUGCGCCUGCAGCCCGCUUCAGAGAUCCUUCCCUGCCUCCUGCACUGCUGACCACCAACUCCACGGGGUCCCUGACCUGGCCCUGCGGGUCCUCCAACGGCUUGUGCCGUGGACUGCUGGGCUCCCCCCCACACUCAGCAUGCCCUUUUCUGGUGCAGCCAGACCUUCCCAGGAAUCACUCUGGAGCUUGAGGCCAUCCUCUAGGGAAAUGGAGUCCAAGGUCUCCGAGGGCGGCCUCAACGUCACCCUCACCAUCCGGCUGCUGAUGCACGGCAAGGAAGUUGGAAGCAUCAUUGGGAAGAAAGGAGAGACCGUGAAGAAGAUGCGUGAGGAGAGUGGGGCAAGGAUCAACAUCUCGGAGGGGAACUGCCCUGAGCGGAUUGUGACCAUCACUGGCCCCACUGAUGCCAUCUUCAAGGCUUUUGCCAUGAUCGCCUACAAAUUUGAGGAGGACAUAACCAACUCCAUGAGCAACAGCACCGCUACCAGCAAGCCUCCAGUGACACUGCGGCUCGUGGUGCCAGCGAGUCAGUGCGGGUCCCUCAUCGGCAAGGGGGGCUCCAAGAUCAAGGAAAUCCGAGAGUCCACAGGUGCUCAGGUCCAAGUGGCGGGGGACAUGCUGCCCAACUCCACGGAGCGGGCGGUGACAAUCUCGGGGACACCCGACGCAAUUAUCCAGUGUGUCAAACAGAUCUGUGUGGUGAUGCUGGAGGUACAGUCUGUAACAAAGAGGUCCCCACCAAAAGGUGCCACCAUUCCCUACCGCCCAAAGCCCGCCUCCACCCCUGUCAUUUUUGCAGGUGGUCAGGUAAGAGCCGACCCGCUUGCAGCCUCCACUGCCAACCUCAGCCUUUUACUGCAGCACCAGCCGCUGCCCGCCUAUACAAUUCAGGGACAAUACGCUAUUCCACACCCAGAUCAGUUGACCAAGCUCCACCAGUUGGCUAUGCAGCAAACCCCCUUUACUCCCCUUGGACAGACCACCCCCGCUUUCCCUGGAGAAAAGCUGCCCUUACAUUCCUCCGAAGAAGCUCAAAAUCUGAUGGGCCAGUCAUCAGGUUUGGAUGCCAGUCCCCCGGCCAGUACUCAUGAACUCACCAUUCCCAAUGAUCUAAUAGGCUGCAUAAUCGGACGCCAAGGGACCAAAAUCAAUGAAAUUCGGCAGAUGUCGGGAGCGCAGAUCAAAAUUGCCAACGCCACGGAAGGGUCAUCGGAGCGCCAAAUUACCAUCACAGGAACCCCUGCAAACAUCAGCCUUGCGCAGUACCUCAUCAACGCCAGCUCUGCAGACCCUGACCCCCACGGGAGGAACACCUUCACCGCCUGACCUGGUGCCAAUGGCUGAUGCUUGAGCCCCCUCUGAAGAUGCUGCCGGCGUCCUGCGAGCUUCUCCCGCUCCUUCGUGGCACCCUUGGGGCCGCUGCCCGAGCCCCCGCCCGCGGCUGUCCAGACCCUGCUCCCUCGGCCGGGGCGCGGGGCAGCAGCGGGCUCGGGGGCUGGGGCAGCGGGUCUCAGGAGGAGAGCAGCGUGCAGCCAGCGUGCAGCGGUUCCCAGUGCGAGCCCCUGCUCCCCACCGCCCUCAUCUGCGCUUCCUCAUCGCCCCUCACGCCCCGAUGCUUUGCGAUGUAUCUCGUGGCUUAUCCCUGUCAUUGCAAUAAAGCUUUUGUUGCUUGAA